AUGGUUGCAGCCGGUCUGCUCGUUCUUUCCUCUCUUUUCUCUCUCGCCCUUGCCGCUCCCUCCCUCCAAGAGCGUCGCCAUGUCGUGCGCGCCGUCCAGGACGUCCCGCGUGGUUUCUCAUACCUAGGAAAGGCUAGCCAGGAACAGUCUCUGAACCUGCGUAUUGCUCUUGUUCAGAACAACGCUACUGGCCUUGAGAAGGCGCUCUACGACGUUAGCAACCCCGCCAGCGAGAACUACGGCCAUCACCUUACCAAGGCGGAGGUCGAGGCUCUGGUUGCUCCGUCGGCGGAGAGUGUCCAGAAGGUGAAGACGUGGUUGAGCAACAACAACAUCACGGCUCAGGCUAUCUCGCCCGCGGGCGACUGGCUCAGCAUCAACGUGCCCGUGAGCAAGGCGAAUGCCCUCCUAAGCGCCGACUUCAACGAGUACACGCACGAUGCGUCGAACAAGACUGCCAUUAGGACGCUCACCUACUCGGUCCCUGAAACGCUUAAGGGUCACCUGGCGUUCGUUUACCCAACCACUCAGUUCAUUGAACCCGCUAAGAAGAACGGCCCUAUCUUCAAGGCUGUCGACCUUCCCCGCGCCUCGAAGAGGAGCCGUUCGAAGCGUGCCGUGGAUGCCUCCUGCGACACUCAGAUCACUCCCUCAUGCUUGCAGCAGCUGUACAACAUCCCGACCACUCCCGCAUCCGCCGCUGGCAACAGCCUUGGAGUCAGCGGCUUCGGUGGCGAGAUCCCAAACCAGGAUGACCUCACCGAAUUCUUGUCGGUUCUCCGGCCUGACGCUACAGACGGCACUUUCGACGCCGUUAGUGUCGACGGCGGCAACGCCGACACGAGCUCCCCGGGCACUACGGAAGCUACCUUGGAUAUCCAAUACACCGUCGGUGUUGCUACCAACGUCCCCACGACGUUCAUCUCCGUUGGUGACCAGAACCAGGACGGCGACCUGACCGGUUUCCUCGACAUCAUCAAUUCCCUCCUCGCGGAAGACAACCCUCCUUUGGUUCUCACCACUUCGUUCGGCUUCAACGAGCUCGGCUUUGUGCAAGAGCAGGACCUUGCUGUCAACCUUUGCAACGCCUAUGGCCAACUCGGUGCGCGCGGUACCUCCAUCCUGUUCGCCUCCGGCGAUGGUGGUGUCUCUGGUCCUCAGGCCAGCGACGCCUGUGACGGUCAAGCCUUUGAGCCCACCUUUCCGUCUGGUUGUCCUUUCCUGACGUCUGUUGGCAGCACCCAGGGCAUCAAGGAAACCGCCGCCGAUUUCUCCUCCGGCGGCUUCUCUAACAUCUUCGCGCAGCCCGACUACCAAGCCGACGCCGUUGCGGGCUACCUUAAGACGCUCGGCACCACGAACCAGGGUCUCUUCAACCCCCAGGGCCGUGCAUUCCCAGACGUCUCCGCGCAGGGCGUCAACUUUGUCGUCGACAUCGGCGGCCAGGGCCAGGGCGUGUCCGGCACGUCCGCGUCGUCCCCUACGUUCGCGUCCGUCGUUGCGCUCCUCAACGAUGAGCUCCUCAACCAGGGCAAGUCGCCCCUCGGCUUCCUCAACCCACUCCUCUACUCGUCCGGCGCCGCGGCGCUCAACGACAUCACGUCCGGUAGCAACCCCGGCUGCGGCACGGACGGUUUCCCCGCGGUUGAGGGCUGGGACGCCGUGACCGGGCUCGGCACGCCCGACUUCAACAAGCUGCUCACGCUCGUGACUGGCUCUGCGGCCACGGGCGGCAACGCGACCUCAACUGAUGGGGCUGCUUCUACGGUUGCAGCGACCACGGACGCUGCGACGGUUACGGCGACUUCGACAGCCGCACCGGGCAAACACCACCACCAUAAGAACAAUUGA